ACGCUUGCAGGUGACGUGGCAUCUCCAAACUUACUUUUGAUUUCACUUACCCAAACCCCCACACAGCAGAACACAAAUUCCUUACUCUCGAUUCGACGCUUCUCUCCUUCCUUCAACGGCACUUUCCACUCUGGCCACCGCAAUGGUACCAUUGCAUGGAUCAUGCAUUUAGACUACAAAUGCAACCUUGGUACUGCCCCAGUUCAUGGAGGUCAUGGCAAGAUAUACUUGGUAGCUGAUAACAGAAUAUUGGUGAUUAGUUAUGGAAACAUUGGAACUUCUGAGCCUGAAGCAGAAGUUUUCUUCGGUCCGGGACCAGGUCAUGUGGCAGAGGCUGAAAUUAUUGGGCUCUCAGUGAGCACAUUAGGCUCAACUAUUUAUAUCAAUGUCAAGAACAGAGGACUCUUUGCAUAUCAGUCACGUGGACAUUUGCUUUGGAGUGUGGAACCUGUGCUUUACCAAUUCGGCUACCGUCAAGGAUGCAGGAAAAAUCUUACAAAUUGUUACUUUGCUUCAGUUCCUUUGCUUGAUCAUUGUGAGGGUAGUAUAUAUAUCUCAAACACAGAGGGUGAACUCUAUUGUUUGUCAGUUCGUAGCCGUUACUUUAGAUGGAUUCAAGAUUUUAGUUCAUUAGACAAAAAUUUCACCAUCACUCUAGGAAACAAUGGUCAUCUGUAUGUAACAGUUCCAGCCAAGGCUCUUGUUCUGGCUCUAGAUGUCUUUUCAGGUAAUGUGUUGUGGCAGAGAAGUAUUGGGCCAUUAAGCAAAGUUGACUCUGCACCUGUAGUGGACUCUAAUGGAUGGAUAUCUAUUGGUUCGUUGGAUGGGUUCUUAUACUCGUUUUCUCCAACUGGGGUUCUUAAGAAAUUCUCAAGAAUGAAUGCAGAAAACUCUAUAAUUCAAGUUGGUCCUUUUCUUGAUUGCUCUGGAUUUGCAAUCUACAGUUCACAAAUAGAGAUGGAAGGAAAAAUUAGCCACACAAUUGGUGAAUACACUGUAGUUUCAGCAAUUCAACCAAAAGCUGCAUUGUUCACUAUGUUGGUUCCUGCAACUGGAUCAAUAUAUUGGUCUGAAAGCUAUCCUGGUCAUGUUUCUACUUUAUUUUCUAAGAGUGAUCUAAGUCAAUUUGUCAUGAAUGAGGAGAUUCUUCUUGCUUUCCUUGCUGCUUCAACAGAGAUUGGCACUCCGCUGCAAUGUCGUACUAUAGGUCAGAAGCUUGCAUCAAGCUGCUCUCAGGAAAGAACCAAGCUUGUCAGUGUCUACACAGGUAACGAAAGGGCAAUAGUCUUGUUUCUGCUCUUUGAGUCUGCUCUCUUGUUGAUACUAAUUGGACUUGUAAGAUUCUGCUGUACAUUCUGGGCAAAAGAGAAGCUUAAAGAUCAAGGCCUUGGAAGCUUCCUUGACAAUAGAAGCUCUCUUCCGCUCAACCAACUAUAGUUUGGGAAGGGACACGGCUCACUCAAGACCAAAACCUGUGCUUCCUGUGCAAAUGGGAAAAACAAACUACUCAUUUCAGUAUGCAAAGCAAAAGAAUAUGACAAUGUCCCACACAUUGAGCGAUACAUCUUCCAGUGAAAGCAGCUCUGAAGGAGAGACUAGCAUGCUUGAAGACAUGGACUCCUCAACUAAGGGAAAAGCAAAGACACCUAUAGUUUCAUUGGAGAGGCUACAGUGAGAAGAAGUCCUUCGGAAAAGGAGCACUAGCACUUGUCUUUGUUCGUUGUUAUAGUAAUAUUUCUGGUUGUUAAACUAUGAACAAAUCAUUUGAUGUCACUAACCAUUAAUUAAAAACAACCAGUAUGUAAUCAAAGAAAACAAUCAUUUUAAAAAGGAAUUAUUUUACAGACACUGAUUUGAAACACUAAGAAAAACAAACUAAAAUAAAAAUACAAGCAUGAUUUAAGACUGAAAUGAGAAAGGCUUGGGAAGUUUCUUAUCUUCA